UUAGAAUUCAUUCACUCCAUCGGGUUGACUUCGAUACAGAAUAAUUUCCAUCAUGCUUAAGUUGGUGUGCCUCAUUGCCCUGGUGGCUAUUACAUAUGCCAGUUCCAUUGGAUAUCGAUAUGGAGGUGAUAGGAAUCGUGGGUAUGCAAGAAGUUACAACAGUCGACAGGGAAGCUACAGACGAGAGAGCUAUGGACAAGAAGGCUACGGAGGAAAUAGCUAUGGGCAAGAUAGCUACGGACAAAAUAGCUAUGGACAGCGACAGGGAAGCUACAAACGAGAGAGCUAUGGGCAAGGAAGCUACGGACAGAGUGACUACGGACGAGGAAACUACGAACAAGAUAGCUACGGCCAGGGAAGUUAUGGGAAAGACAGCUACCGACAAGGGAGCUAUGGCCAAGAUAGCUAUGGACAUCAGCCUCGAGGUUACAGAUAUGAACAUUAAUCUGGAUGCCGAUCAUACUGUAUGAAGUAUGUUAAAUCUGCCAUCCCAGACGUUCUAAGAAAGUAGCUAAUUUAAUAGCGAUAUUUAUUCAUAUUAACUGUAAACUGAAUUAAGUUGAAUAAAUAUUGUUAAUUUGAAUACAAACAAAGUUUUGUACAACUCGAAUCCAUUAAUUACUAGUGAACUACUAUAAUGUCACGUGCAGUCUCUAAUUUUCUGGACAAACUAUGCACAUUUAAAAACAAGAAGAAAUGUCAUUAAUUAGUAUUUUUGUUAGAAAUACAAUGCUU